GUAUAAUUAUCAAUGUGGGAGUAUGGGGGAAGUACCUAACUACUCAUACUCCAUGACUCCAUCCAACACUCUUCAAUGGUAAGUUUUUAACAUUGACUUGAAAGAUAAAAUUUAAUGAAAAGUGAAAACAGACUACAAUAUGUUGAUAUAGAGAAGAUAAACGUACUUCUAUGAAACAAAGAUGGUGAUUAUAGAGGUAAAAUGAUUCCUCUUGUGAUCAAUGAAUAUCUUGUUGUCAAAAUUCACAAAUAUGAUUAUCUCUAUGAAUCCGCUAUAGAUGAAGUGGAAAUGAUGAAAAGAUGAGACUAGGGGAAUAGAUCUAAGAUUGAGAAAUUGGCAUGCAACAAGCCAAACGAUUAAGAAAAAAUGACGCAAAAAUAAUAUUUAUAACAUCAAAUAAAGAUGAAAAGCGGAUACGAACCUCCUGUAUGAACCAUUUGAUCUCGGAUAAAAUGAAUGGAUCAAGAGUGUGAGGUGAGCAUUGUUGAUAACUUGAACAACAAACCUUAGUUGUCUUCAUAGUUUAAUUGUUUACCCUUGCUCCAGUAAAUUGUGAAAAAAGAAAACAUGGCACUCCUAGUUGGUUAGUCGAUGAUCAUAUUUGUUUAUUAUUCAUCCAUAUCUUGGCAUCUGACUAAUACUAUAUGCAUGUUUAGGCAACUAAGUGUUGUCAAGCCUUGGAACACGAAAUAAUUGAAGCAAUAAAGCAAAUGCAACCUCGAGUUUCUUUACAUUUAUUAAGAUUUUGGUUUCGCAUGGAGAAAUCUCUACACCUCAAUGACACAAAACAUUACGAACAUUAUAAGUUAAAUGUAAACUUCAAGGUGUGCGAAAUUCCAAACCCUGAAGUCUUUUAUCCCUAUUUCACCAUUUCUCUUUAAUAUACCUAUCUUAUUCAAGCAACUUUUGUAUGCCCCAACACUUCAUCCUAAUAAGGAAAGUCGUUAACACUGCAUCUCAAUAACUUGUGAGUAACUUUCUUGACACAAUGACCUUGCAUACAAUAUUCAACCAUGAUAUACAAUAACAAGAAAAUAAUCGCAGCUUCAUGUAUCUAUGAUUAUUGACUCAUCACAAGCAAUACACUUCAUCAUCUUUGUCUGCAAAAGUGUUGCACUCCUUUGUUGAGAGCUUAUAAAGGAAGGAGGAAAACUUAAUUAAUAAAUAAUUUGUGACACAUUCAUAGUGAAGAUACACUUUUAACUAGAGAAGGAACAUGCGGCGAAGUUAUUCUCUAAAACCCCUUAAUUGUUAGUAUCAUAGUUUUAGCAACAUCUGUGCAUUUAAUCGUCCAUCCAAAAUAUAUAUUUUUUCCUCUUCAAGGGUUAUAUCUAUGGCAAGAAAUUGAACAUAAUUUAUCAAGCAAGAGCAUAUUCAUAGAUAAGAGAGAUAAACCUAAUUAAGAAAGAACACCAACGGGGUUCGUUUAGAUUCAAACUUGGGAUCUGCAACUCCCAAACCUUCACUAUCUCGACAACUUUAUCAUUAGCCUAUCCUACAUUUGGUAUUAAGCAAUAACAGUCUUAUUAAGUCAUUCUUUAUACCUCUUAAUGCACAUUCAUAUGCAAAAAUGAACCCAAUAGCAAAGAUUACCUCACCAUUAACCAAAUGAAGAGUGAUGAGGCACGAGUCUUGCAUGUGAGUUGUUGAUACGGGAAUUUUAUAUCAUAAGCUCAUAGAAGACGGUUGAAAACAAGACAAAAAUACAAUCCUUGAGUUUGUGUCCCAAGAUUUUCAUAGAUCCAUCCAUCGUGGAAAAUUUUAUUUUUUUCUUGCUUCCCAAUAAUAAAUCAUUAUUGGCAGAAAAUAGAAAUUCUUCUUCUAGGCCUUUGAUGUGCUGUGCUGUCUCAGUAGCUCCGUUGAUGCCAAUUGUAUUGUUUGCCCACCUGCUGUCUACCCUUUUCCCCCUUCUUCUUCUUCUCCACAUCGAACACAAACGCAAACUCUGCUUCUUCCUCUUCCCUUCGUUACUUCCAAUGCCCCUCUUCCAUUUCCUUCCAUAAAUUCCCCGCCUUUCCCUUCCCCACCCACUUUUCUCCUGCAUUCCCCUCUUCCUCUCCGCCCAAAACCCAAUUGCCCUCUUCUCGCUGCAUCUUCAAUGGCGCCGCCUCCGAUCAAAAUCAACAAAUCAGCGACGGCUCAGUCGCUCAGCAGCUCCACCACCACCACGGCCACAGAUGCGCGGCUCCUCGUACGUGAAACCCUACGAAUUAGCGCCAAUCUCGCUUCCGCUCCUCCGCUUCCUUCUCCUACGACUGCGUCCAAUUCGGCGGCGCAUCAGCAGCUCCCAACCGCCGCCGUCGUGGUGCCACCUGUUUUUCCCGACAGGAUGAGGAUGGGGCUGGUGGAAGACGAGUUCGUUCAAUCGAGUCUUAGGCUGAUCUGCUGCGAGGAGAUUGAUGGCCGCCGGUGGAAGUACGUAGCCGAGAAUGAUGGGUCCGGCCGGUUUAAGAAGAAUUCGAUUCGUGCUGUCUGCUUGCACACACCCCAGGCGCCAGUUGAGGAAUUGGUGUCAUUCAUAAGAUCCUACGUGGUCCCAGAAGGUUUCCCUGAUAGUGUCACUCCAUCCUAUGUUCCUUAUAUGACUUUCAGAGCUUUAAAGCAUUUCUUUGGCGGGGCAAUGGGCGUUUUCACGACGAAGACCCUUUUAAAUGCUGUUGGAGUUGCUCAUAAGCAAGCCAUUCCAGGAGCUGUCGCUAUUAAUUGGAUUCUUAAGGAUGGAGCUGGUCGUGUUGGAAAAAUGCUUUUUGCUCGGCAGGGAAAGAAAUUCGAUUAUGAUCUGAAACAGCUGAGAUUUACUGGUGACCUCCUCAUGGAGCUAGGUGCUGGGGUAGAGUUGGCAACUGCCGCUUUUCCACACCUUUUUCUUCCUAUGGCAUGUGCUGCAAAUGUGGCCAAGAAUGUUGCAGCUGUGACAUCUACCUCUACACGUACACCAAUCUACAAAGCCUUUGCUAAAGGUGAAAAUAUCGGGGAUGUCACCGCCAAGGGAGAGUGUGUCAGCAACAUCGCGGAUUUGUUGGGAACUGGCCUUAGCAUAUGGCUUACAAGAAGAAAUCCUUCACUGGUGACCACAUUUUCACUCCUUUCAUGUGGGUACCUCCUCAGCUCUUAUCAAGAGGUACGAUCUGUCGUUCUGCAUACCUUAAACCGAGCCAGAUUCAGUGUGGCUGUAGAAUCCUUCCUCAAGACAGGGCGAGUUCCUUCAUUGCAAGAGGGAAAUGCGAGGGAGAAGAUAUUCAGUCCUCCUGGUGUGAAGGAGGGACCUAUUGUCCUUGGUCCAAGAUUUAAAGAUGCUUUUCAGGAUCCAAGUUCAUAUCUCGCCAUAGAGCCUUUCUUUGAAAAUGAGAGAUACUUAGUAACUUAUAACCCAUCAAAGGACAAAGUUUACGCAUUGCUGAAGGACCAGGCUAAGGCGGAUGAUAUCCUGAAAGCAGCAUUCCAUGCUCAUGUUCUGCUGCACUCCGUACACUCGGCACAGGACAGCCGUAGAUCUUCCUCUCAAAAGGUUCAGGAUCAGGACAAAACCUUGAGCUACAUUCUGUCGAAUGCAGACCUUGGCGAUCGUAUUGCUGAGUCAUGCAAGAUGGUCUCAACCCUUUACAGUCCUUUCAAAAGUAAAGCCGCUGAACAGGGUUGGAGGAUGUCAGACUUGCUUCUCAAUCCUGGGCGAGCUCGGCUUGUUACCACCGGUUAACAGGCCUAAUCUGAUGAUCAAUCUCCCAGAAAAAGUAUAUAACAGACAUAAAGAACACAAAGAAACUAACCGUGUGAUGGCAAGGCAAGGCGAACGAGGGAGGCAAGGGCAGCAACAAGAUGAACCAGAGGAGCUGCGGCCUCCUCAUAUGUAUAACAGUAUAAGCUUGGCAAUUUCUGCCGACUCCACGCCACCAAGAGAAAAAAGUCUCUGCCUUUUGGUGGGUUUUGGGUUGAUGGGAGUCAUUCUGAAGAUGGGUUUUGGUUUGGUGAAAGAAAUGAGAGAAUCAUAAGUGCCGACAGAGUAGUAAGCACACUGGAUCUGUGACUGUGAGUAGUAGUAGUACAGUCAGUAGUAGAACUGUAGAAGUACAUAGAGAAGAUGACUAACCCAGGAGGAGGAGACGCAGGCAGCAUAUUGCUGAACUGAAACACUCUUCCGUUUUCCCUUUUCUGUUACUUUUCCCCGCGGGUUGUUUUGCUCUUCUUUUCUUCUGGUAUCUGUCCUCAUUUUGGUUCCCUUCUCAAUGUUUCUUCUCCUUAUCCUUUCUUGAUGGUUUAUGGCAAUGGGUUGAUCCAUGCUCAAGCCCAUCUCCGAUUCGGUCCGAUUCUCUCGACCGAACCACGCCACACUCACCCCAAUUCAUUUUUGUUACCAGACAAAGCCAGCACGGGAAUCUGGGUCGUCUGCUUGCUUGCCAUCCUUGCUUCCUGGACUACUGAAAGUGAGUGAAAGAGAUUGGUGAGUUGACGGGUCGGGUCUAUUGUACAUCCAUCGUUUUACUCUACAGAUUAGGAGCCUGCAGAGCUGAGUGAUGGUCUAUUACAGGGUAGCUAAGGGUAGGGUGAAAGGAAUCAGGUGGUGAGUCCUAUUUACAUUACAGUACAGUCAGUGCAGCAGUAAUUUAAUAAGUCAAGCUGCUGCUGGUAGUGGUGGACUGGUGCUGGGUUUGAUUCAGUGCAGCAGUAGUUGUUUAGAAAAAUCAUAAAUUUGCUCGUUGGUUGGUUCAGAAUAUCAUGCAGAGGGUUCUCUGCUUCGUCAUGUCCACUCUUACCUUUCACCUCAAAAUUCGCCUCCAUCAGUAUUCUGUAACAAUGUCAGUGUAGUAUUUUUUUGCUAGAGGUGCUAGUUAUUAUAAUCCUUUUUGGAGGACAGUGCAAGAUGAGUUAUCCGUAUACAUGCCCCGGGGUUUAGGGUUUAGAGUUAUUGAAAUGUGUUAAACAUUAUAGUUUCGUGUAGGCUUUUUCACAUGAGAAAUGUGAUCACAUGUAAUGUUGCCAAGGCCGAUCGAGCGCAAAGCUACUGUUGUCAUAUCAUGUCAUGGCGCUUCUAAACUGGUUUUGGGGCCCUUCUUCCGAAGUUUCAAGUUGUAUCCUCCUCUUUAUCGUUUCUGGUUUUUUUUUUUUUUUGCGAGAACAAGUUUUGAACACAAAAUAUGCGUGAAGUCAAUCUCUCGUGUCUAUUUCUCACUCGAAAUAUAUAUAUUUUAGACUUUCAUUCAUUCGUUUCACAUACCAGGCACAACCACUGAUCGUAGUAAAUUAUAUAUACAGUAAUCCACAGUCCACGAGCAACACAAUUCCGUGUUCUAUUAUAGAUCGAGCACUUCAAUCAAAUAUGAUAAUCGCAUUCACCUCCUAGUGCAAUUAAAAUUGAAUGAAUACCCCCCAUCAAUCUAUGCAUCUUCUAUCCUUAUGAAGGAUUAUUAGGUUUUCAACUCUUCCAUAUAAGUUUGUUUUUCAGUUAUGUGCUUAAGAAAUUUAAACUUCAAAA